AUGCCAGGCAAACUUUCAGGCUGUAUGUUGGUAGGCGGUAUAUAUGGUAUGCGGGAGGCGCGAGCGCAGCUAUACGGUAUCGCGCACGCGCAAAGUGAGACGCGUUUGGUGCAGUGAUCUGUCAAAAUAAUAUGCAGUGUAUGUGUUAGUCGAAAAUAGGAAAAAUGAGACUCUCACUGCACGUGGCUGUGGUGCUACUUGCAGUGUACCACACCUGCAAGGCGGAGCGUGUUGCUCGAGCGAUUCCGGUCGGCUCGAGCCAAAACUAUGCUGUGAUCGGGGCCCCUAUCUCCGCUAACCUCGAUGAGGACGGCUACUUCUACCCGAAGCCGAAGAUUCCUUUCCCGCCGCCUCCUCCAAGGACACCUCCGCCACCACCACCACCGCCAAGGACUCCACCACCGCCGCCACCACCGCCGAGGACCCCACCACCACCGCCUCCAUCACCUCCGACAAGGCCUACUGAAACAACAGGAUACGAGUACAAAACUCCUCGUAUUCCUUUUGAAAUACCAACGACUAGGAGACCAACGCCACCACCACCACCGCCGCCACCUCGUACUCCUCCACCACCACCUCCCACGACCAGACCACCCCCACCUCCUCCCCCACCAACAACCAGACCACCUCCACCUCCUCCCCCACCAACAACUAGACCGCCUCCCCCUCGAACUACAAGACCACCAACUUACAGCACCAUUUUAGACGUUACCAGAACUACUGGCUACAGCUAUCCUACCCCGCCGGUGCCGUUUACUUACCCAACUACUACAAGAAGACCAUACAUUCCUCCUGUAACUCAAAGGACUCUGCCCCCUGCCACGUAUCUGCCUCCUACCACCACGAGAAGGCCUCCUCCUCCACCACCACCACCUACGACCAGACCGCCUCCGCCACCCACAACCAGACCUCCACCACCCCCACCUCCACCAACAACCAGACCACCUCCCCCACGAACAACAAGGCCACCAACUUACAGCACCAUAUUAGACGUUACCAGAACUACUGGCUACAGCUAUCCUACCCCAGCGGUGCCAUUUACUUACCCUACUACCACUAGAAGACCAUACAUUCCACCUGUAACACAAAGGACCCUUCCACCUGUUACAUAUCUACCUCCUAGCACUACUACAAGAAGGCCUCCACCUCCACCACCACCCACAACAAGACCACCCCCUCCACCUCCCCCGCCAACAACCAGACCACCUCCCCCACGAACAACAAGGCCGCCUCCGCCACGAACAACAAGGCCACCAACUUACAGCACCAUAUUAGACGUUACCAGAACUACUGGCUACAGCUAUCCUACCCCACCGGUGCCGUUUACUUACCCAACUACCACUAGAAGACCAUACAUUCCUCCUGUAACACAAAGAACUCUCCCACCUGCUACGUACCUGCCUCCUACUACCACCACCAGAAGGCCUCCACCACCACCACCACCCCCCACAACCAGACCACCACCACCACCAACAACUAGGCCACCACCACCUCCGCCAACCAGACCGCCUCCUCCGCGAACAACUAGACCUCCACCAACUUACAGCACUAUAUUAGACGUCUUCAGAACUACAGGUUACAGCUACCCUACACCACCUGUGCCAUUCACCUAUCCUACUACUACAAGAAGGCCUCCACCACCACCACCCACGAGGCCACCGACAAUACGUACGAAUCCUCCAACGUACUUGCCUCCACCUCCACCAACAAGGCCACCAACUAGACCUCCACCACCACCACCUACAAGACCUCCUACUCCACCGCCAACUAGGCCUCCACCACCACCAACUAGACCCCCCACAUACUUGCCUCCACCCCCACCUACCAGGCCACCGACCCCACCACCGCCACCACCAACAAGGGCCACAUAUCUUCCUCCACCUCCUCCAACUAGGCCCCCAACGCCACCACCUACGAGACCCCCACCCCCACCCCCAACUAGACCUCCCACACCACCUCCAACUAGGCGUCCACCGCCACCACUAACUAAAGCCCCUACAUAUUUGCCACCACCUCCACCUACCCGGCCACCGCCACCUCCACCAACGAAGGCCACAUACCUUCCCCCGCCACCACCAACAAGGCCCCCAACUCCACCACCAACGAGACCUCCUCCGCCACCACCACCACCUACAAGGCCUCCUCCCCCACCACCAACGAGACCCCCUCCACCACCGCCAACUAGGCCACCACCACCACCACCAACCUUCAAAACAACAGGUUACGACUACCCGACCCCCAAGGUUCCAUUCACUUUCCCCACAACACGUUUGCCAGUAUACACUCCUCCACCCACUACAAGACUCCCAGUUUACAUUCCUCCCUCGACAACUAGGCCCCCGAUCUACGUACCACCUUCAACAACUAGGCCCCCGAUCUACGUACCCCCUUCAACAACUAGACCCCCAGUAUACUACCCGACACCAUCGGUGAAAAUCCCCGCCUACAUUCCUCCUUCAACGACCAGAAUACCUUACACGACUCGACCACCUUUUAUUGAGGAUAAAGGAUACUUCUAUGAUCGACCACUAGUGCCUUUCGUGUUUUAAUUUAGUUAAGAAACCUAUUGCUCCGAAAUUAUAUGAUUCACUUUUGUCGACAAAAUCGUACUAAGUAGGUCUUUGAAGCGGAAUCUCAAAUGAGACUAGGUGUAAUCCAUGUUUUUGUUAUACAAAAAUGUCCAAUUACUGUCUCAAUUUGGGAUUCGAUAUGCCGACUUUCUAACAAUAAUUGACCUGUUCUUCAAAUUUAGAAAAAAAAUCGUUUUGGACAACUUAGUAACAAUUUUCAAAGCAACUAAAAAAAUUAGGAAGAACAUUAUUUAGUUGAAGCAAUAGCGGAUUUUGGCGCUUUGUACAUUAUUUCUUGCAAAUAAACAAGAAUUUAGUCAAUUAAUCAUUAAUUUUAUUUUAAGUGACAUGCAAUUACGAAAAUAUAUGUUAUUUAAUUUUGGUGCAAUCAGGUAUUGAAUAAGUUGCCAUAUAAAUUGUGAUACCAAACGAGUACUACGUACUUACAGUCGCAAUAUAUUUUUGUUUGUUAAUAUUUUUUAUGUAUUAGUAAUUAGUUUUAUAUGUAUACUUAUAUAUAUUGUAACGGUAAUACUCAGGAAUGAAACGCGGAAUCACUGCCUUUAACUAAUUCUACGUUUAAGAUUGUAAAAUAUUUUAAAAUAAAAAACAAAUGAAUUUA